CAAGAGUGGAGCCUCUCUCAACACACCAGAGAAAAAAAAAUCAUAUGGAAUCCGUAGACGGAUAGCUAAAAGCUCCACGAUUCUCCGACGUCGGUACAUACAAGCACAAAUACGCCAGGGUGAUUUAGCAGGGGUUAAGAACAAGGCCAGGGGAUUCCUAGGAACUGAAAAGAGAUAAGUGCAUUGGGUGACAGGAAAAAUUUCCCAAGCAGCCAGCUCUUGAGUCUUAUACCCGAACUCUUGCUCUCGCGACAAGCUCACGAUUCUGUUUUUUUAAACUUCGUGAAACUCCUGGGAACUACUGUCAAAGCAGUAUCUUGACCUGAUUUGUAUUACUCUAUCUCAUCAAGAUGUCUCCUCCCGUCGCUGCUGGUCGCGAGAAGGAGUCCGGCCUGGCUCGUGUCCUCGGCUCCGGUUCCGCUGGUAUUGCUGAGCUGGCCGUCUUCCAUCCUGUCGACACCAUUGCGAAGCGGUUGAUGAGCAACCAGACUCGUAUAUCCAGCGCCAGCGAGUUGAACAAGGUUAUCUUCAAGGACAAGGCCACCGCUCCCCUCGGACGAAAAUUCGUUUCUCUCUUCCCUGGGCUGGGAUACGCCGCCGGUUACAAGGUCCUCCAGCGUGUGUACAAGUAUGGUGGCCAGCCUGUUGCCCGUGAUUACCUCUCCAAGCACUAUGGAGCAGACUUUGAGAACGCCUUCGGCAAGAAGACUGGAAAAGCCAUCAUGCACUCUACUGCUGGAAGUCUGAUCGGUAUUGGUGAGAUUGUUCUCCUACCUCUUGAUGUCCUCAAGAUCAAGCGUCAGACAAACCCCGAGGCUUUCCGUGGCCGUGGCGUCCUCAAGAUCGUUGCCGAUGAGGGUUUCGGCCUGUACCGUGGUUGGGGCUGGACUGCUGCUCGUAACGCCCCUGGAUCUUUCGCUCUGUUCGGUGGAUCUGCUUUUGCCAAGGAGUACAUUUUCCAUCUUGAGGAUUACAAUAAGGCCAGCUGGUUCCAGAACUUUAUUGCUUCUAUUGCUGGCGCUUCCGCUUCUCUCGUUGUCUCUGCUCCCCUUGACGUUAUCAAGACCCGUAUCCAGAACCGAAACUUCGACAACCCUGAGAGUGGCUUCCGAAUUCUCUCCAACAUGGCCAAGAACGAGGGUCCUGGAGCUUUCUUCAAGGGACUUGUCCCUAAGCUGCUCAUGACUGGUCCCAAGUUGGUCUUCUCUUUCUGGCUUGCCCAGACUUUGAUUCCUGCCUUCGACACUGCUUUCAAGAAGUAGAGAUGAGAUUAUGGAAUAUUUGAAUUCAUGUUAAAGAUAAAUAUACGAAUCUAGAUAGGUACCAUCUGGACGGCGAUGACGAAGAAGGCUUAAAUGGGAGUUUAGACGGAUCAGGUUAUUUUGGGUUUGCUACGAUAGACACGCCGCUGCACCGAUAUGAGAGGAUCGGCUUCGCUUGGAAGCCAGGUAAUCUGUUAGUGAAGCAGUCGAGAGGCACUCAACUCUGUAUAAAUAAAGCGAUUUGAUUUGAUACA